AUGGCAAUGUCAGGGAAGCAUGCAAAUAUAAGUGAAUUCGGCCGAAGGGACAAGGAAGAGGAGGCUGUGAUUAAGGUUUUGGUGCCCAUUCUGGAUGGUCUAAUCCUAGUGACCGGACUGUUGGGACAAAUCUUGGUCAUCAUAACCUUAACAGGUCGGAGGCGAAAAGAUCAUCACCCUCCACAUGGCACAGACACCUUGCUGCUGGCCCUAAGCGCAGCAGACUUGCUACUGCUGCUUUGCCUGCCCUUCCACACGUCAGCCAUCACGUUGGGAUUCUGGCCGUUUGGAAGCUUCCUGUGCAAAAGCGUCAGCUUCCUUGGCGUGGCCUGCUCAUCUGCAUCCGUUUUUACCUUGGCGGCACUGGCUGUGACUCGUUACCUCACAGUGGUGCACCCCACUUGGGCGUAUCGUUGGAGAAUGCACUGUCGUGUCAAAGUGAUGGUAGCGCUUCUGUGGCUUCCGGCCUCGGCUUUGGCGGCACCACAGUUUGCCUUCCGUACGGUUACUACCUCCAGGGCUGUAUACUGCUUUGCCUUUCUCUCGGACUUCAGCCAGCUCGUCUACAGCAUGGGCCUCUUUUUCUUUGGUUUCGCCCUCCCGCUAGGAAUAAUCGUGCUGAUGUAUGCAAAGAUCUACUGCUUUCUUCGACACGCACGGCUGUUUGGAAAUGCCCCUCAGCUGGAACGCUACCAGAGUCAGGUCACUCACACAUCAGCUCUCUUAGUCCUGGUCUUCACUCUUCUCUGGCUGCCCUCCUAUGCUCUCAUGUUUUCCUUUAUUGGAGGAACCAUUCAAGGCUCAAAAGGAUACAACACGAUCGCCAUUUUGGCCCGAUUGCUGGCAUCCUCGGUAGCGGUUGUAAACCCUGUGCUGUAUGGAUUCAUGUCUCAGAAGUUUAGGAAAGAGUUGCUGAAGCUGGGGCGAGAGCGUUGGACAUUCUGUAAAAACUCUCUGCUUGGCUGUCCUCAUAUGAUGAUGGGUGGCGACAUAGUACAGAGCUUUGAUCUGGACACAAGCUCUGAGACCUAA